AUUAGCCGGUGAGCUAGCGACCUGGAGCAGCACAGCAGAGCUAACUUUCUAGAAUGGGGUUUUCCUUUAAUUAUAUUUUAGCUCUUUUGUAUUUACGGUGUUUCUAACAGUGUAAAGGCGGUGUGUGUGAGAGAGAGAGACAGAGAGAGGAUGGAGGACGACUUGGUGUGUGAGUAUGACUCCACCUGGGACACCGAGAGUGACGGAGACGAUUUGGGGACAGAGAAUGCUACACGGCGCGCGUGCCUGGACAAAAAUAAAAAAGCAAAGGCUGGCUUUUGGUCCAAUUCGUCCUCGAGAAACCUCCGUGCCGCAAAAGACAUGCAGAACUACAGACACGGCUAUCCAAACAUCAUCGAUGAAGACUGUACAGAAGACAGGAUGCCAAAUUUAAAGUUCUAUCUCAAUGAAAUAAAGUCGUCCCCUGAUGACGUGUCUAUCGAGACGUUUCAUAGCGAAUGGAAAUCGGAUUAUAAAAGACUUGAAAGAGUUCAUUCAUACAUUCAGUGGUUGUUUCCUCUGCGUGAGCCGGGAGUGAAUUACCUGGCUACAGAACUGACCAAGAAGGAAAUCCAGGCAUUUCGAGAGAGCGACGAGGCAAAAAGGCGUCUGGUUGAUUCCUACGAGCUCAUGCUGGGUUUUUAUGGCAUCCAGCUGACGGACAGAGAAACGGGCGAGGUGAGACGCGCCGAGAACUGGAGGGAACGCUUCACUAAUUUGGAGCGGAACAUGCACAACAACCUGCGGAUCACGCGCAUCCUGAAGAGCCUGGGCGAGCUCGGCUUCGAGCAUUACCAAGCCCCGCUCGUGCACUUCUUCCUGGAGGAGACGCUGGUCAAGAAGAACCUGAGCAGCGUCAAGCGCAGCGUGCUCGACUAUUUCUUGUUCGCCGUGCGCAACAAGCGCAAACGCCGCGAGCUGAUCAGCUACGCCUUCCAGCACUUCGAGCCCAAAGACAAAUUCGUGUGGUGCCCGAGAAGAAUCCAGAAACGCUUCAAGAAGAAAGCGGAGGCAAAGAGGCAGGACUCGCCGUGUAAAAACAAGAGGGAUGGAGAGAAACGAGACGAAGAUGAGUCGAUACGCUACGAAGGUUCGUCGGUUGACCCAGAACCGAGAGAUGAAGGUUCUUCAGUGGAUCCGUUACCUCUGAACAACGGCAACCACAUCAAUAACGGAGAGAUGGACCUCUCGGGGAGUGAAACGAGCACCGUUAAAAGCGAUGAAGAAGAAAAUCCGAGUAAGCCAGCUGAGAACAUGGCGUCUACUAAAUCGGAUCAGGACAUGACCCCGGUCAAGAACGAAGAACCACCCAAGAACAUUUCAUCAUCUCAGAAAGGAACAAGCCUGGGUAAGCAAGUCUCAGAAAGCCCCAAACACAGCUUAAAGUCCUCACCGCGGUCCGAACGGGCGGGAAAACUCGCCAGAACCAAGGAUAAUAUCAGUUUAGGGAUUUCUGAUCAUAUCAGAUCUUCAGGAGAAACAUUUCCACCAAGCUCGCAGGAGAAACUUGUUCAGUUGGACACAAAAAACGGAGACAAAGCAAACGGCAUGGACACGGGUGAGCUCAUGGACACCGAGCCCAGUGGUGGGGAUUCUUAAAACUUUGGAUGACUUAGUAUGUAGAUAGGGACAAUUUUGGAGGGGAAAAAACCCCACACACAAGAAUGAAUGUGAUGGACUCGUAUCAGAAUCUAAAAAUGUGAAAUCUAUUUCUUUGAAGACGGAUGAAUUUAAUCAUCUGUCGCAGUAAAAGCUGUAAAUGUCAUUCUCAGAAAAGCAAGACUACCUGUAUAUGGCGACUUUAUCUUCGCUUAACUGUUCCUAAGUAUUUUUUUUUUUGCUUGUUUUUGUUCUAAUUAAAUUAUUCCGGUUUGGGCACGCGAUUACAGCCGAAGGAACAUGCGUGUUAAUGAUCACCGUUUAUAAUUCGCACUUUUCUUUUUGGGAUCGUGAUGAAGGAAGUCAGAAUUGGAAUCGAAAUAUUGAUUCUGAUGUAUAACAAAUUUUAAAAAAAUGCACAUGGAAUGAACUUGACGAUGAUUUCAUAAUUGAUUCGGCCCAUUGAACUCUGAUUCAGGAUCAUCUUUUAUUAUUCUUACUACUGCAACAUCUUAAUCCUCAGACAAAGAUGUACAGUCCAACAUGGGACGAUAUUGGACAGGUUUUCGGACAAAGAUUUUAAUCAAUUUUCUCCUAACGUGAGGUGCAGAUCGACGGUAAAACACUUCAUGUAGAAGUCUCGGAGGUGGCGAAAGUCAGUUUGAAUCAAAUAUACACUUGGUAGCCACUUUAUUAUUGCUAUUGUUAUGCUAUACUAAUAGUGGUUGCUGUCAGGUGACUUGGAAGGCAACUGAAGUCCAGUGAACUCAUGGAACCAUCUCGAGAUGUGAUUUUGAUUUGGUAUUAUCACACAAAGACAUGUUCCACGAAAGCAUUCCCCACGCUAUUACGCCACCCCCACCAGCCUGAACUGUUGACCGAAUUGCUGCUAAUGCAAGAUUCUGAUCAGAUGGCCGUUUUCUUUUCGUCUCCUACCAUCCAGUUUUGGCGAGUCUGUGCGAGAUGGUUUCCUGUUCUUGGAGGCCAGGAAUGGAACCUGAUAUGGUCUUUUUUGCUGUUGCUGACUAUCCACCUUGAGGUUUGGCGUGCCAUGCUUUUUCUGCUCACCACGGUUGUAAAAGGUGGUUGUUUGAGAUACCGUAGCCUGGAACUUGUUUGGCCAUUCUCCUCUGACCUUUCGAAUCAAUAAGCCAUUUCCAAACAAAACCGCUCAUUGGACGUUUUUGGUUUUCGGACCACUCUGUAUAAACUGUAUGGGUUGUGUCCCAGAAGAUUUAGUAGUUUCUGAAAUUCUCAACCAAUGAAAUCAGAGAUUGAAUACUAACUGAACCACUUGACCUCCUGAUUUUAUGAGCACCGUACUGUAUAUGGACAUGCUCCUAAUAAAGUGGCUAGUGAGAGUAUACCGUGGUUAAAAAUGUUCAAGUUUACAAAGUUGAAUUCUAUUUUGAUAGUUUGCGUCCAAUAAAAGAGAAUCACAAAUAUUUCCUGAUUCACUUAAAGCCUUUUAUCUUCUCGUUUUAGAAAAUUUCAGGACUCACUGCUUGAAUUUUUACCAAAAAUGUUGAAAUGUACGGUACGUAAUCCUGACUGGCGGUGAAACAAGAUCAGGAAGAUUGAGCUUUGAUCUUUCUCAUCUCUUUAUGGACUGAAGAUAUGGAUGACGGAGUGUUCAAGGACUUUGGGAAACAUCCCACGAUUGUGAAUGCAGCCUGUUGACCUGUUUUUGAAUGUACUAUUUUUAGUUGAUUUGUUUUGUCUGUUUCAAAUUGGAGGAAAAUAAAAAA